UGCGGCCUUUUUUCCUUUUUUUUCCCCGUAUCCGCCAUUUCAGUUUUUGAAGUUAGUUGUCAACGGCGGCUGGUCUGUUGCUGGAAUUUCGUCUUUGCGGGUUCAAAUUAGUCCCGUGUUUUCCCGCCCGACCUCAGAAACAGCUCUCUAUUCUCCUCCUGGCUCUGGCGCUUUCUCGUCUGCUUUGGGGAAUCGAUGCCCGCGCUGCCAGCCGCAGAUGUCGCCCGUUUACUGAACACUGAACGUGCUCUAGUCUAGGCGCUAAAGUUUUUGUAUGAGUUGAAGGCUUCAACGGAGCAGGGAAGGCCUGGAGAAGCCUCGGCUUUGGAGCGGUUAUCAUGGCCGGGAAUUUUGACGCGGAGGACCGCGGCAGCUGGUACUGGGGUCGGCUGAGCAGACAGGAGGCGGUGUCGCUGCUGCAGGGGCAGAGGCACGGCGUGUUCCUGGUCCGGGACUCCAUCACCAGCCCCGGCGACUACGUGCUCUCGGUAUCCGAGAACUCCAAAGUCUCCCAUUAUAUAAUCAACAGCAUCAGUAACAACAGGCAGUCGGGCCCAGGGUUGUCUCAUCCACGGUUUCGAAUUGGUGACCAGGAGUUUGAUGCUCUUCCUGCUCUGCUUGAGUUCUACAAAAUUCACUAUUUGGACACCACCACUUUGAUAGAACCCAUCAACAAGUCCAAACACCCCUCCGGCAUGAGCGUGGCCCACGGUGGCGGUGCUCCGCCGCGCCUGGAGGACGAGUUUGUGCGAGCACUCUUUGACUUCCCCGGUAACGACGAGGAGGAUCUUCCGUUUCGAAAAGGAGACAUUCUCCGAGUUCUGGAGAAGCCAGAGGAGCAGUGGUGGAACGCCCAGAACUCCGAGGGCCGGACGGGGAUGAUCCCUGUGCCGUAUGUGGAGAAGUACCGACCGUCAUCUCCCAGUUCGGCGGCGGGGCCGGGAAUGGCCGGGGGGGCCCCUGGCGUGCUGCCCUUGCACGGGAACUCUGAUGGCUCCGGGGCCCAGCCCGGUGUUCCGCUGCUGGGAGACCCCAGCCAGUACGCUCAGCCCACUCCUCUCCCAAACCUCCAGAACGGACCCGUGUAUGCCAGGGCCAUACAGAAGAGGGUUCCUAAUGCGUAUGACAAAACCGCGCUGGCUUUGGAGGUGGAGGAAGAAGAACCAUGAAGGGAACAUGCUCAUAUUCUGAUUCUUUUUAAUCUAUAUAUUUUGCUGUCCAGUGCCAAUACUGACUUUAAAUCUGUUCAGAGGCUCCAGAAAAUAAAAGUAAAAAUUCCCAUCAUGCCACAGUGGCCAGACGGUUAAACUGUCCGGAAGUGAGAGCGGUGCUCCCUCGGAGCGGGUCGCAGGGGGAAGGAAAUGGUUUGUGUUUGGGGACGGGACCGUUUCCUUUGUUCUGAGUGAAGCCAAGAGUCCAGUCUGAGAGGCUGGAAUGAGGAGAGGAGGCAGCGAAACACUCUGUGUGGGGGCGACACAAACAUUUAAUGAGGCGACACCCUCUCUGCCCGCUCUGCUACCACUUCCACUUGCGGUUAGACCUCUGCGGCGCUGGCUAAGCCACAGCGGCCUCCGCUCUGCUGGUCCUGACUGACUUCUGCACACCGAGCAGUUAAUGAUUUUCUCCGGCUUCUUUGUCCUGGAAAGGUUUGGAGGGAUCUUUCUUCGUGGUUGAUAAAAGCUUUCAUCAUCUGGUUUGUUUCAUGAGGAGCAAAUAUUUGUUUUAAGUCAAACCCUUUGAUAUAGAGGAGGCGUGGUCAGGCUGGUUCAGAGGUGGCGUUCAGUCCUGACCUUGAUGAUGAAAACAGCAGAAGGCGUCAAGAAACUAACACCAGUCAUUUUUCAUUUGAUUAUUUUAUAAGAUGAUAUUGUUUAUUUUCCAGCCUGCUAAUAUUAUUUCAGAGUUGUUGUUUUACGUCUUGUUACUGUUAUUCUCCUGGAUUGUUUCCUUUGGCGCUUGAGCGAAGUAAAUCGAGCGAUAAAUCCAUGGAAUUGCAUGUUUUCUGUGAAACCGUCCUUACUUCCUGUUUGAAGACGUACUACUGUCUCCAUGAAUGUUGCAGCUCCUUUAAAGCUAAAAGCAUAUUGGGGUUUGUUCAGGAUUUUCAUGCUGAACGUCUAUUAAAUUAAAGGUAAAGUGAAAAAAGAUGGAAAUGAACCAGACGUGCCCAAAAGACCGUUUGUUCUCCAAAAACCUGCGUGUGUGUGUGUGUGUGACCUGCUCUGCUUGUUCAUGAGAACAUGAGUGUUUUUACCACCGAGGCUGAAGCUCCAGAAACUGAAAGGAUGAAGACUUUCAGGAGCGCCUGAGUCUUUCACUGCAGUUAAAAACUUUAUUAACUCAGUUUUUGUCGACAAAACAACAGUUCAUUGAUAAAAAUAAAAAAAGCAGUGAUGUAUGUUUUUCUAUUUGAAGAUAAAGUUUGAGGGGGUCAUUAAAAUAAGACAUGUGAAGCAUAAAGUGGCUUUUGUACGUGAAGUUCAGAGAAGUUUUUGCUCUUUUUUUUAUUACAGUUUUAGGUUUCUAUUUGUCCUUAAUUAAGAAAAUAUUAUUGAGAAAAAGAUUUGAGAUACUUUAUACCUGAACUUUAGUAGACUCAUGAAGGAGUUUUAAUGAGGUUUCUCUGUGAAUUCUGAUGGGCAAAGUUCAGUAAAUCCUCUGAAAUGGAGGUUAAAAUGAAGCAACUCAAAGGCGUCACUUUAAUUACUCAGGUGUAGUAAUCAUCUUAGAUAACACAUAUAGCCUAUGAAUGAAGUCUGCCUACUGCUUUUAUGACUUUUACAUUUUUGCUUUGGGGGCUUUUGCUCAAAUAUUUGACCAAAACUUGGUGAGGAAUUAUCUUCAUCUGAAUAAAUUUAAAACAAUUUUGAUUAAAACUUCAACGUACAAAAGUCUUAGUAAUGAAGGAAUAUUAGAAUCUGCCAUCGCUCAGCUUGUUUAGAUGUAAAACUCUUCUAAAAUGAGCAUCUAGCGGCUUGACUGACACCCUGGACGUCCCAGAAGCAACAGUUUUAAAGACGUUUGUGAAUGAAAGGCCACUGGUCAAUGGACGUUAAGAAAGCAUUGUGAUGUAGUGCUGUUCUGCUCUAAACUGAUACAGACGUGUCGGAGGCGCCGACAGACGUUGGCUGCGUUCUUGAAGUUGUUCCAACAGUAUUUCUGCACAUCUGUUCCAGCUGAGCGGCUGCGGCUGCGCUCCUCAUGCCAAACAAGGUGGAUUGCGUCACAGCUCGACUUUCCUUUAGCUGUUUAUAGCUACUAUUAUGUUGUAGGUUCUUUCUUUGAAACUGCGUGUUGAUUACUGAUGGAUUUACUAUUGUCAUUCUUUUUUGAAAACCUGAUAUUUUAAGCAUUUUUCUGCAUUUUUCCUGAACCUCAUUCAUAGUUUUUCUCUAAAGGACAGAUAAAAACCAGCGAGCCAGCAGAUCUAUAGUCUGUAAUACCAAGAAGUGUAGUUCUGUUUGAAGAGCUGAAUCUGAGGAGCAGCAUGUUUGUCUGUUUGUUACCUGAGCUAAAAGCUUCAACGCCACAAACAUCCAUCCCUCUUCUCAUUAGUGCAUGUAGUAACUCUCUACAUUUGCUUUUGGGACUUUAGUUAUGAAAGUAUUUCACAAAUGGUGUAGAUUUAAUUCAUUAGUCAUUACCAACAGAAACUAAAGGCCUUUAUGUUUUUCAGUCAUUUCUGUCUGAAUGAUUUAUUUGGGUAAAUAUUUGUUUCUCUGUUGUUGUUUUUUCCCCCCAUAAUUCGCUUGCUCAUAUUUUUUAAUAAUAAAUUGGGACUAAAGCAGGAUAAAAAAAUACUAAAUAAAAGUUAAAAAAUGGAAAAUUUCAAAAGCUUAAAAUGAAAUGUAAGUUUUUAGAGAGAGUUUGUUUUGUGACAUUUAAAACCAUUCAGAAUGAACUCUUUCUUUUGUCUCGAUGCGUAAAUACACGAGUUGUGGUUGUGAAUUCAUGUGAACACUGAGGAUUCUCUGCUGACUGCACUUCUCUGUCCUCUUCUGAGCCUCUAAACAUCAGAAACGGGUGAGUUUGUCUUCAAACUCUCUCUUUGCUGAGUUUGUCACUGUUGAAUUUCUCUAUUUGGUUUUCUUUGCACACAUUAUUUCCCCGACUUGAUUGAUCUUCUACGUUCCCUCGGUUCUGUGUUCCUCAGUCAAAGGUUCCCUCACCGUUCCUCUGCAUAGAACUGAACUUUGGAGUCAUUUGCCAGACUGUUUGGGUUCAUUGAAGUGGCCACUCCUCUCUGUGCUGUGAUGAGCAGAGUUCAGCCACAGAGCUCGCCGUCAUCAUCUGCCGUUAGCUUGUUACUUAAAAAAGAAAAACCAUUCUGCCCCUGGAACUGAUUACGGUAAAUGAGCUGUAGUAUUUCUCGUGUAAGGAAUCCACUCUGAUAAAAAUUAUGUUUUUGUUUUUUGACAUGUUUUUGUUGCAUUUUUCUGAUGAAGGACACACAGAAAAUUAAGCUCAAAAUUGCAUUUGCUGAGUAUUUCUCCUUUCAAAUCAUUGUGAAUGAUGAAAACCUUUAGUUUGAAAAGCUUAUUUGUAGCGUGGAAAAUCUGGUGGGCAUAAGCUCUCUGCUCCUCCAUUCUGAUGCAGAUGACUAGAUCCAUGGAAGUUUUUGUUUUCCUCGUCUGAGCUGGAAUCUGGAUCAAAACUGUUCAGUCUGAUUUCUCCAAUAUUACUGACCAUUUUUGUUGCAUCACUAAUGUUGGGUUGGGGGCGUGAGGGGGGACUAUAAGCUAGCUGAAGAGUGCGUAAACAAAGAGCUCUCAGCUAUAGGUGACAGAAACAGGUACAGGCUUACUCCGCCCCUACAGUCCCGCCCACAACUCUUUUUUUUUUUUUUGUGUGUGUGUGCCUAAAAACGAAUCAUCUUCAUGAAAAAAUCCCUGGGAAGACUUUAAAAAUAAAUCCCUGAUGAUUGGAGUGGGACUUUAAAUGAUGUUUCAGCUGCAUGUUGUCACCAUGUCUGUUCUCUUCUCCUC